AUGCCCAGCGCUACGGGCCAGAACUGGGAGAAGUACAAGAAGAACUUCGCAGAUGAUGAAGAGCCAGAGAAGAAGAUUACACCGCUAACAGAUGAGGACAUCCAAGUUCUCAAGACCUACGGCGCAGCGCCAUACGCGGCAGCCUUAAAAAAGCUCGAAAAACAAAUAAAAGAGAAGCAAGCAAGCGUUAACGAGAAGAUUGGAGUAAAGGAAUCCGACACUGGGCUCGCGCCACCGCAUCUCUGGGAUGUUGCAGCAGAUAGACAACGUAUGCAAGAAGAACAACCACUACAAGUCGCACGCUGCACGAAGAUUAUACAAGAUGAGAAGGAUCCGGAAAAAAGCAAAUAUGUCAUCAACGUCAAACAGAUAGCCAAGUUCGUCGUGAACCUCGGGGAACGAAUUAGCCCUACGGAUAUUGAGGAGGGCAUGAGAGUUGGCGUGGACCGAAAUAAAUACCAGAUUCUUCUCCCUCUGCCUCCAAAGAUCGAUCCCAGUGUUACAAUGAUGACAGUGGAAGACAAGCCUGAUGUGACCUACGGAGACGUUGGAGGAUGCAAGGAACAAAUUGAAAAACUUCGAGAAGUUGUUGAAAUGCCGCUACUUUCGCCAGAACGAUUCGUCAGUCUAGGAAUCGACCCACCUAAGGGAGCUCUACUCUACGGUCCACCGGGGACAGGAAAGACGCUCUGUGCGCGGGCUGUGGCCAACAGAACGGAUGCCACUUUCAUUCGUGUUAUUGGCAGUGAACUUGUCCAAAAAUAUGUUGGAGAGGGAGCACGAAUGGUGCGUGAACUCUUUGAAAUGGCUAGGACAAAAAAGGCGUGCAUCAUUUUCUUCGACGAGAUUGAUGCGAUCGGAGGGGCCCGUUUUGACGAUGGUGCCGGAGGAGACAACGAAGUGCAAAGAACAAUGUUGGAAUUGAUCACCCAGUUGGAUGGUUUCGAUUCCCGGGGAAACAUCAAAGUCAUGUUCGCUACCAAUAGACCGUCCACUCUUGACCCAGCCUUGAUGAGACCUGGGCGUAUUGACAGAAAAAUCGAGUUCUCCUUACCGGACCUGGAAGGACGGGCAAACAUCCUCCGCAUCCAUGCCAAGAGUAUGUCAGUCGAAAGAGACAUCCGAUGGGAGCUUAUUUCCCGACUGUGCCCGAAUUCGACCGGAGCAGAGCUUCGAAGCGUGGCAACCGAGGCGGGAAUGUUCGCUAUCCGAGCACGGCGAAAGGUUGCUACGGAGAAAGAUUUCCUAGCAGCAGUUGACAAGGUAAUCAAGGGGAACCUGAAGUUUAACUCGACUGCAACGCAUAUGGCAAUUCCAUUUCCGGGAAGCGCUGUGAUUUUGAUUCUCAUUUUCUUAGAGCGAUGGCAAUAUAACCAAACCCAACUUGAGAUUGUCCGCAACCCUGUGAUUCCUAUCGCAACAGCACCUCCAUUCCCCAGAGCUUUAAAGAAUCAAAGACGCCUAUUUUCUUCAUCGCGUCCUGCAGCCCGGAUAUUCGCGAAUCAACCUCUGCGUGCGAAGGAAGCCUCUCCAUUCGUCUCGAAAAAUUAUCCCGUAAUCGACCACGAAUAUGACGCUGUCGUCGUUGGAGCUGGUGGUGCUGGUCUCCGCGCUGCCUUCGGCCUCGCUGAGGCAGGAUUCAACACAGCCUGCGUUUCGAAACUCUUUCCUACAAGAAGUCACACGGUAGCAGCACAGGGAGGUAUCAAUGCUGCCCUUGGAAAUAUGCACGAGGACGACUGGAGAUGGCACAUGUAUGAUACCGUCAAGGGAUCCGAUUGGCUGGGUGACCAGGAUGCUAUCCAUUACAUGACAAGAGAGGCACCACAGAGCAUUAUUGAACUUGAAGGAUAUGGAUGUCCGUUUUCGAGAACCGAGGACGGCAGAAUCUACCAACGUGCUUUCGGUGGACAGUCUCAGAAAUACGGCAAAGGAGGCCAAGCUUACCGAUGCUGCGCUGCUGCUGACAGAACCGGCCAUGCCCUUCUUCACACUCUUUACGGCCAAUCCCUCCGACACAACACCAACUAUUUCAUCGAAUAUUUCGCUAUGGAUCUUCUGAUGGAGGAUGGCGAAUGCAAAGGUGUAAUUGCUUAUAAUCAAGAAGAUGGAACAAUCCAUCGUUUCCGCGCACACAACACCGUAUUGGCAACAGGAGGAUACGGACGUGCUUACUUCAGCUGCACAUCCGCGCACACCUGUACUGGUGAUGGUAUGGCCAUGGUUGCCCGUGCUGGUCUGCCCAACCAGGAUAUGGAAUUUGUUCAAUUCCACCCCACGGGUAUUUAUGGAGCUGGUUGUCUUAUCACAGAAGGCUCUCGAGGUGAAGGUGGUUAUCUGUUGAACUCUGAGGGUGAGCGAUUUAUGGAACGAUAUGCUCCAACUGCCAAGGAUUUGGCUAGCCGAGACGUCGUUUCCCGAUCGAUGACUCUUGAGAUCCGUGAGGGACGCGGUGUUGGCCCUGAGAAGGACCACAUCUACCUGCAACUCAGUCAUCUUCCUGCCGAAAUCCUCCAUGAGCGAUUGCCUGGUAUCUCAGAAACUGCAUCGAUUUUCGCUGGUGUUGACGUUACCAAGCAGCCUAUUCCCGUCCUGCCAACUGUUCACUACAACAUGGGCGGUAUUCCAACUCGUUAUACCGGCGAAGUCCUCACGAUAGAUGAGAAGGGCCAAGACAAGGUUGUCCCCGGUUUGUAUGCUUGUGGCGAAGCUGCUUGUGUUUCUGUCCACGGUGCCAACAGACUUGGUGCAAACUCUCUGCUUGAUCUCAUCGUAUUCGGCCGCGCAGUCUCCCACAGCAUUCGUGACAAGGCAACGCCUGGCCAGCCACACAAAGAGAUUAGCGCUGAUGCUGGAGCCGAAUCUAUUGGUGUUCUUGACAAGGUCAGAAAUGCAGAUGGACCUAAGUCGACGUUUGACAUUAGGAACGCUAUGCAGAAGACUAUGCAAACUGAUGUUAGCGUUUUCCGAACCCAAGAGAGUUUGGAUGAGGGGGUUCGCAAGAUUAGCGAGGUGGAUCAGAUGUUUGAUGAUGUGGGAACCAAGGACCGCAGCAUGAUCUGGAACUCUGAUCUUGUUGAGACUCUCGAACUGAGAAACCUGUUGACUUGCGCUGCACAAACCGCUAUUGCUGCGGCCAACCGCAAGGAAUCCCGUGGCGCCCAUGCCCGCGAGGACUACCCAGAACGUGAUGACGAGAACUGGAUGAAGCACACGCUGACGUUCCAAAAGGAGCCGCAUGGCAAGGUGGACCUUACCUACCGUUCCGUUAAUCCCAAUACGCUCGAUGAGAAUGAGUGCAAGCCUGUCCCUCCUUUCAAGCGGACGUAUUAG